AUGAAAACUUUUUCAGAAAAAGCUUUAAGAAAAGAAUACAAAAAGAAAGCAAAUGCAAUUAUAAAAAAUUUUGAAUUAGCAUUAGAUGUAAAAAAACAAUAUUUAAUCAAUAUAAAUAGUCCUCAUUCAAUAGAAUUGAUGCAUAACUUGAUCAAAUUCUGAAUGAGAACUUAAAUUUCAUGUAGAUAUAGCCUAAGCAAUUAUCAUCGGAUUUACAAAAAUUCAAUUCUAAUACUUUACUUAAUUUAAAAAAUGAUGAUUUUCAAAAGUAAAUCAAUAAAGAAGUGACUUUUUUAAUGAAAAGUAAUAUUCAAAAAGUACUUUAAACAAAGAAAUAAUAAUAUGAAUACUAAUAUAAAGAAGCUCAAACUAAAUGGGAAAAGAAAAUCUAAGAUAAGGAUCAAAAUACAUCAAAAUUAGAGUAAGAGUUUAGAUAAUUAAAAAAUGAAAUAUAAUAAAAUUUGCAAAAAAAUGAAUAAGAAAUUCAAAAAGUUUAAAAAUAGAAAGAAUAAGAAUAUUAGGAAAUCAAAAGAUAAAAGGCGAUAAAAGAGUAAUAAAGGAUAGAGAAAAAGAUGAUCAAAGAAAUAAUGAUGAAGAAAACAUAAGUUUCUUUAGAUGAAUGUGGAAAGUUAGAUAUUUGUUACGUUGUUGAUUUUACAUUGUAUAAAUUUAAUAAAUGAUGAUUUAGAUCUAUGUAACCAUAUGUUGAGCAAGUAAUAUGUUUAGCUUAAAAAUCCUUAAAGGCUAUCAAAUUUUAGACUAAUAGAGAUACAAUUCUUUCUUCGAUUGCAUAUUAUGAUAAAGAAUAGAAACCUACAACUGGAUUAUAUCAUCAAUUUGAUUUCUCCAACAAUAUCUAAAAUUUUGAAAAGUUUAUUAAAGAAGUUAAAUUUGAAGGAGGGCGAGAUCCUCCAGAAGAUGUUAGAGGAGCAUUAGAAUAAAUGAUGACAAAUCUAGAAUGGAAGAGUAAAUUUAAGAUAGCAAUAUUGAUAACUGAUUCUCCUUGUCAUGGCAAAAAAUAUCAUACAUAUCCUAUAGAUUUUCACCCUAAUGACGACAUAACACAAACUCUUCAUUGUUUGAUAGAACAAAAAAUCAUCUUAAUAGGUUUUAAUUUAAACAAUAAGACUGUUAAAAUGUAUGAGGAAUUUAAAAAAAUAUAUGAAGCUAAGAAUGCUUCAGAAUUUUUUUUAUAUAUUGAUGUUGCAGAUUUUAAAGUUAAUUAGUUGGCAGACCAAAUGGCAAUAUCUAUAGUAAGUGCUUCGAUAAAUAUUACUUAAGUAAAAUCAUCAGGAACUUAAUCAAAAAAAUACUAAUAAGAAAGACCAAACAAUAAAGAUGGUGCUAUUGAGGCAUUAUGUAAAUAAGCAGAUUUUUACAAUUUUGAAAAAUAAACAAAAGUAUUUGAUACUUUGUUUAAAGUUUAAAAUUUUAAAAUAAAUGAUUAGGUAUUUAAUAAUAAUAUCUAAUCUCUAAAUAAUAUUGGAAGCAACCCUUAUAAUGAUUAUUUAAUCAAAGAAGAAGGAAAAUGGAAUUGUAUCAGAACUGAAUUACCAUUUGCAUUUGGAUUGAAGAAAGACGUUUUUUUAAUGAAAAAAAAGAAUGGAGAACCAGAAGAAUUAUAUGUAAUAAAAACCCCACUUGGUAGCAAGCCAUAUAAAUCAUAACUUGAGGCUAUUCAAGAUUGCAGAUCUCACUUGAUAUGCUAAUAAUUGAUGAAAAAAUUUAAAAAUGAUAUUUCAGAUGCAUUAGAGUAAUAGAAUUUCAAGAAAAAUUUAUAUCCUAAUGUAGUUUAUAGUGACUUAUUAAUUUUAGAAGAAACAAAAGGUAUUGAGAUAUUUUUUAAUUUAGACAAAUUUUGGAUAGCAGAAAGAAUUUUCAAGGGUGACUUUGUAAAGUAUAACAAUAAUUAUGGUUACAUUAAUGAGGAGAUUACAGAAAUAAAUAAUUUUGCUCAAGCAUUCUCAUAUUAUACAUUCUUUAUUAGUAGAGGAUAAUACAUGAUAAAUGAUGUCUAAGGAGUAGGCACUUAUUUUACAGAUCCUGCUAUUAAUACUAGCACAGGUAUUACAUAUUAAAAUUUUAUAGGGGAUUCCGAUGAUACUGAUUUAGGAUAAGAAGGAUAGAAUAUGUAUUUAGUAAAUUUCUAAUAAAAAAAGGGAUUAGCAUUUGAUAUUUUGAAUCUUUUGAAUUUACUAAAUGAAGAUUAAGAAAAGUGA